AUUUUAUACCGCCUUUAUAAUGCUAACACAAUAUGCAUUUAUACUUUUUGAAUUUAUCUACAUAGCUGGUGUAUGGGGGGACAUAGAAGCGAUGUCUGAGGCGUCCUAUCUGCUUUUCACGCAAGCAUCCGUCUGUUACAAAGUAACCGUUUUUCUUCUUAGUAAAAAGAAUCUUAACAUCCUAAUAGACUAUAUGGAAAUAGAUAUUUUCUUACCACAAACGGAGGAACAAGAGAAUAUUCUGGUAAAACUUUCGGGACAGAUCAAGAGACUGUGCAUGUUUUUUCUGACUAGCGCUCUGACGACUUGUACGCUAUGGGCUCUAGUACCUCUACUUGAUGGUACUGGCGAAAGGUUUUUUCCAUUUAGAAUAUGGAUGCCUUUUGGGCCGGAGAAGUCACCUCAAUUUGAAAUCGGCUAUGGCUACCAGAUGGGAAGCAUCUACAUCAGCGCCUUUCUGUUUUUUGCGGUUGACAGCAUCACCCUCGGAAUGAUCAUGUUCGGCUGCGCACAACUAGAAAUUAUCAUUGAUAAACUACAGAAGAUGCAAUCAGUGCCAUUAUCUUCAAAGGUAACGGACGAGCAACGAACCAUGAGAAUUAUGAACAAUAACAAAUUAUUUGUCGAGUGCAUUGACCAACAUCAGACGAUUAUUAGAUUCAUAGAAAUAGUGGAAGAUACGUACCACGCAAAUAUAUUUUUCCAAUUAAGUGGUACUGUUGCUAUUAUCUGCAUUAUUGGACUACGUAUUACUAUGUCGGAGCCGAGCAGUAUUCAAUUCUAUUCUAUGCUGAUCUACAUGGUGACAAUGCUGUCGCAGCUACUUCUGUAUUGCUGGUGCGGAAGCGAGCUAACUACAAGGAGUCAAGAAUUAAGAGACUCCUUAUAUCAAAGUCCAUGGUACGAACAAGAUAGAAAAUUCAAAAAGUCACUGUUUAUAACAAUGGAGUGUAUGAAGAAACCUAUUGUGUUCAAGGCUGGUCAUUACAUUCCGCUCUCUAGACCUACAUUUAUAUCGAUUUUACGUUCAUCCUAUUCAUUUUUUGCGGUAUUAAAUCAGACGCGCAAUUAAAAAAGAAACAGAAAAUUGUUUUACUUAAC